AUGAGUGAUAAUGAAGGUGUAGUUGGUGUGGUUUUCAAACGUUCACCUGCAUAUGAACAAUACAAUAUUCAUUCUAAUGGUACUUCUAUUAACAAGUGUCUUAAGGAUAAGAGUGUUUUGGUUGAUGGUGACAAUGUUGAUAUUGUUGAUCUUGACGCAGUCACACCAACAACUACUUCCGUCAAGCGGCCUAUUGAGAUUGUUACCACCACCGAAUCUUUUGAAUGGUCUUCUUCUAAAGAUGGUGUUGCUACUCCUAUCUUGAAGAUCCCAAAAAUGGAUAAGUUGUAA